AUGGCGGCGGCGGUGGGGCGGGACACUCUACCUGAGCACUGGUCCUACGGCGUCUGCAGGGACGGGCGCGUCUUCUUCAUCGACGACCUGACCCGCCGCACCACUUGGCUGCAUCCGCGCACCGGCGAGCCCGUCAACUCCGGCCACAUGAUCCGCUCAGACCUGCCCCGCGGAUGGGAGGAGGGGUUCUCGGAGGAGGGCGCCAGCUACUUCAUCGACCAUAAUCAGCAGACCACGUCAUUUAGACAUCCUGUGACAGGACAGGUUUCUCCAGAAAAUAUUGAAUUUAUUUUGCGAGAAGAACAGAAUUCAUCUAUGUCCAACCAACAAAUAAACCAAAGGCCUUCAAGCAUGGUCAGUGAAACGUCCACUGCAGUAACUACGUCUGCUGUUGAUGCAAAACCUGCCUCUAAGGUUGUGAAGACUGGAAGCAAAGUUCACAGCUUUGGAAAGAGGGAACAAGCCAUCAGGAGGAAUCCCAAUGUCCCUGUGAUAGUAAGAGGCUGGCUGCACAAGCAGGAUAGCUCUGGAAUGCGGUUAUGGAAGAGACGAUGGUUUGUGCUUGCUGAUUUUUGUUUGUUUUACUACAAAGACAGCAGAGAGGAGUCUGUUCUGGGGAGCAUCCCAUUGCCCAGUUAUGUCAUAUCUCCAGUUGGACCUGAAGAUCGUAUCAAUCGCAAAUUUUCUUUUAAGGCUGUUCACACAGGUAUGAGGGCAUAUAUUUAUAACAAGAAUUCUGUCAUUGGCUCUCAGGCAGAGCACACAGGGAUGAGGACGUACUACUUCAGUGCAGACACCCAGGAGGACAUGAACGCCUGGAUCCGGGCUAUGAACCAGGCUGCUCUCAUGCAGACACGCUCCUCACUGAAGAGGGAAACUGAAAAAGUGGAUCAGCAAGCUGUUCCCCAGGUCAAUCAUGUGGAUGCCUGCAAAGAGUGUGUGAGGGCAGAGAUGACAGACACAAAAGGAAGUUAUCAAAAAUCAGCUGAAAUGCUGGGAUACGAUAAGCGGGAGGAGAUAAGAAGAGAGAAGGAGGAGGAGGAGGAGCGUUACAUCCGCAGAAAAGAAACUCUGGAAACCAAAAAGGGAAAGGCUAAGCAUGCAGUGACUGAAGCUGAUUCAUUAUUUCCAGACUUGAGGAAUGCAUCAUGGUCCCAAGUAGCUCAGCCAGCUGAGAAGAAUGGAACUCUCCCUAGUUCACUGAGUGUGGGUGCUGGCCUGGUGGAGCAGAAUGGUACUGGCUCAUAUAAAAGAGGGUUUGUUCCCAGAACAAAUCCAGAUAAGCAGUUUCAAAGGAAAAGUAACAUGGCUCAAGUGGAGCACUGGGUAAAAGUCCAGAAAGGAGAUACAAAAAGCAUCACUUCAGAUCAGACUCUUACACGUCAGGGUCCCAAUCCUCCUUUUCCUGAGAACUAUCACACUUUGCCAAAGAAUACCAGGCAGCCUUCAGGGAGCUCACCACCACCAAACCGCAAUCUGCCGAGUGACUACAAAUAUGCACAGGAUCGCGUCAGCCACUUGAAGAUGUCCCAGGAGGAGAGGAAAGCAAACAAGGAUGGAACUGUUUGGCAGCUGUAUGAGUGGCAGCAGAGGCAGCAGUUCAAACACGGCAGCCCCACGGCCCCACUUUAUGCGGGUUCCUCAGACUUCAUGGAUCGUGCUAAGUCAAAAAGCUCGUUAGAUGUUCCACGGUCAAUCUCUGUUCCGCCCUCUCCGUCUGACAUUCCUCCACCUGGACCUCCAAAAAACUUUCUCCCACGGAGGCCACAUACUCCUGCAGAAAGGCUCACGGUUAAACCAUCUGAUGAGAGACAGACUGUGGAUGUUCCUCUAGCUGGAUCCCCCAGGAAGAUUCGGAAUCGUGCUGUAAAGAGCUCCACCCACCUGGAUCGGCGCUCCAUGCCUGCCAUGGGCUACAUGACCCACACGGUGAGCGCGCCCAGCCUGCACGGCAAGUCGCCUGAAGAGCUAACAUUGCUUCUCAUUCGAUUAAGGAGACAUCAGGCUAAGUUGGCUAGUAUAAGAAAUUACACAAUCGCUCAGUUACUGCAGCACUUGCCAACUAAUUCCACCUAUCAGGCGGAUGACACUUACAUCCAGUUGAAAAAGGAUCUGGAGUAUUUGGAUCUAAAGAUAGAAAAUAAUGGACCUCUGAUCAACAUGAUAUACAAAGUGCUAAAGAACUCAGCACAAGGGUUACUAUCCAGUAUACAUGUGACAGGACGUGACACAUUGAAAGAAAGAAGUGCAAAACCUGUCAAGGUUGCAGAAAGUGAUAUUGAUGUGAAACUGAGUGUUUUGUGUGAGCAGGACAGAAUUCUGCAGGACUUGGAGGACAAAAUAAGAGCCCUUAAGGAAAAUAAAGAUCAGCUGGAGUCUGUUUUGGAGGUUUUGCACAGGCAGAUGGAUCAGUACAAAGAUCAACCACAACAUGCAGAAAAAAUAUCUUACCAGCAGAGACUUUUGCAAGAGGACCUUAUACAUAUUCGGGCUGAAAUAUCCAAAGUUUCAACGGAGAUGGAAAAUGCCUGGAAUGAGUAUCUGAAAUUAGAGAAGGAUGUGAGCCAGCUGAAAAAAGCCUUACAGGAGCAGAUGAGCAGUUCAUUGGUAUCUCAGGAGAAAACACAAAUACAAAAAGACUUGUGGAGAAUUGAAGAUGUUACAGCUGGCUUGAGUGCAAACAAAGCAAACUACAAAACCAUAGUAGACUCUAUAAAGAAUCCAGAGAGAAAAACAGUGCCUUCACUUUCUCAGUCUUCAGUGCCUUCCCUACCAGCUUCCCUUGCUGCUGUGGAGAGCAAGCUGUCGGUCGGGCAGAGCCCUCCGCGCAGCCCGCUGAAAUCCCCCCUGGAGGUCAGGCUGUACCCGCAGCCCUACUUCCAGACCAGGACACAGCACCAAGCACAGCAGCUGAAAAAAAUCGAGCCACCUCUUCAGUCACCAGUCAAGCUCAAGCCAAAGGUUGAAGAUGAAGCACCGCCCAGACCUCCUCUCCCUCAGCUGUACAGCCCUGAGGAUCAGCCACCAGCUGUCCCACCCCUGCCCAGAGAAGCCACUGUCAUCAGGCACACCUCGGUGCGGGGCCUGAAGCGUCAGUCGGACGAGAGAAAGAGAGACAGAGAGCUCGGCCAGUAUGUAAAUGGAGAUUACAGGGUGGAGCUGCGUUCGUACAUGAGUGAGCCAGAGCUGGCAAUGUUGGGGGGUGACCUCAGCCACCCUUCCAGUGCUUUAAUAAGCCCUGACAGUGGAUACCAGACAUUACCUACCCGUGGUUUGUCUGGAUCAACUUCCAGAUUGCACCAGUCAUCUACCAUUUCAUCGUUUGCAACACUUCGAAGGGAUAGGUCCAAGGAGAGACCAAAGAGUGCCUUGGAACGUUUAUACUCUGGAGACCACCAAAGAGGCAAGAUGAGUGCAGAGGAGCAGCUAGAAAGAAUGAAGAGACAUCAGAAGGCAUUAGUUCGGGAACGCAAGAGGACUCUUAGCCAAGGCGAAAGGCAGCCUGUUUCAUCUCGCCCUUUCAUCAGGCCCGUGUCUGCAGACGUAGGCUCAUGGAAACGAGAGCAAGAAUUUGAUUUGCAGUUACUUGAGAGGGCAAUUCGUGGAGAAGACAAGGAUGAAAAUGAGUGGUUAAAAGUUCAGCCAGUAGCAGUGACAGAGACAGACCUGGAGCCUCAAGACUAUGAUUUAGAUAUCAGCAGAGAGUUGUCAAAACCUGAGAAGGUUGUAAUUCCAGAGCGUUACGUUGAGCUGGAGCCUGAGGAGCCUCUUUCUACAGAAGAACUGGCGGCAAGGCAGCGUAAAGCAGAAAAGAUAAAGAAUAUUCUUACUAAAUCAAGUAUGCACAAUCUGCAGCCUACUGUUGCCCAGGACAAACACAGCUCGAUUGAUUUAGAUUCACAGCUGCAGGAGCAGGAGCGCAUCAUUACCAUUUCAUAUGCUCUGGCUUCUGAAGCCUCUCAGAGGAGCAAGGAGGUAGCAGCCAAAGCAGUAAGUGAGCACUGACGCAAGACUGGAGGCAAAUCCCGCUUUGUGACGCCGCGCGGAGGACAGAGGAGAUUCUUCUCCAGGUUUCUGUGGAGAUACUCAUUGGCUGGUGACCCCUUCUUCUGGAAAGACAUUCAGAGAAUGAUAGGGGGAUUUUCUAUGAAAAUGAAGAGAACUGCAGAUAAUUUUUUAUUUACUUCAGUUUAGUUCACACUUUUUAUACGAAUAAACGGCACUUUUAAUAAACUCUGUAAAAUACUGACAAUGUAUUUUUAGAACGGUGUAUUUUAGGUUUUUUUUUAAUCAAGGGCUGAAUUCAUUUUAAAAGACACUUCUUGCAUAGAUACUAAAAGAUGCUGUUACUUCCCCCUCAGGCUCAGAUGCACAUCAUAAAGUUUUAUGAGAAAAACCCUGCAAAUUUGAACAAACCUAGAAGCACAUUGUUAGGGUAUGGAUAGAGCUAACACAGGUGGCACGUCUGGUGAAAGGGUGUUUCAGAUGGAAUAUUUUUGUAGAGUUGAUCACCCACCCUUUUGCCCAUUAAAUAAUCCAUUGCAAAAAGUGUUAGCUUGAAUUUCUAAAUAUUAGUAACCACUGUAUAGCUGAAAUUUCCCAAGAAAGCCAUAACAGAAGCCAGUUUUAAGUCCCUUUUUUUAUGAUCCCAGAUGAUUAACUUAGUGGUAUCAAUCCACAGUUUGUUAGGUUGCCCUUGAAAGUAGUGCUGCCCCCUCUAUAACAAACAGCUAACAAAAUUUUUUUUGGAAGUUGAAAUGUGAAAGAAGAUGAUUUUUAAUUAAAAUAUGUGAAGUAAGCAAUAAACAAUUACAAUGUGUCAUUUGGCUAGUAAAUAUAUAUUUUCUUCUGAUAUUUUUUCAAUAGACAUUACAAUAUGAUGUACUGACUAGUAUUUAUCCUAGAAACAUAGCAUAACUAAUGGAAUGUGGCACCUGCUAAUUUCCUGUGUAUGUUCACCUGGUGCUUAUCUUUGCCAAACUUUGAAAUUCUGUGCUGUACUUACACAUAGGGCAAAGGGUGAGUGGGUUGAAAUAAAGAGAAAAUAAGACUAAAUGUAUUGCUGCAACUAUACUUUAAAAAAACCUGUGUAUGCAUUGAAUGCAAGACAUGCAAAAACUUCCCAAUGUUAUGUAAUUAGUAGCUGAGUUCAGCUCUGGAUGAGAAAUAACUGAGAAAUACUUCUGCAGUAUUUUGUGAAACCACUAACUUGUCUAUUCCCUGUAUUCAACUAGUAGCUAAAAACCCCUUGGAGUUGACCUUUGUGUUUCAGACCUAAAGACAAAUCAUCAUAUAUUAACACUAUACUCAGAAAUAUUCUUGAAAGUAUAUAUUUAGCUAAUGCAAUCUAUUUUACCUCAAUACUGCCAGUAUCAACUUCAAAACCUUUUGCCAAAAUAAUGAUUUAUUUUUGCCUUUAUAAAAAAUUUUGAAAGCAUAAAUGAGUAUUUUGCAAGAAAACAUUAAUUUAAAUAAAAUGUAACUGUUUGGAAAAUGGUAUAUGUACAGAUUAAAAUAUUAACAUAACUGCCUCCUAUUGCCUCUGUCUUGUCUGCUCUCUUAUCAGUUUCCAGCUAGUUGGAAAUGCAGAGUCAUUUGUGCUUUUAUCACAUUUUGCUCUUCUUUGGUUCAAAUCCCAUUGAAGUUCCUCAAUUUUGCAGUUAUUUUACUGGUAUUUGAAUCAGACUCUUUCUACACCAAUUCUGCAUUUUGAUGAUGAUUAUUAUUAGUUUUUUUGUUUUGUUUUUAGAAAUGUUUUCUAAGCAAUUGAUGAAAUCUGUCUUUAUUCUUGAAUAGCAAGUGGGAUGUUGGCUGAGGGGAAGGUGGUGGGCACUGGCAAAGCUGCAGCUCACUGGCAGUGUUGGACUUUGCAGCAAUUCCCUCAAAAGACACCCAAGUUGAUGGAGAGCACUGGACAUGUUGAAUUCUUCUGAAAAAAACUAUUAAAAGUGUUUCUGUGGCUUAGUGUUGACUGCACAAACUCAAGGGUGCGUGUUUGAGGCUGUGAGUCCUUGGCUUUUGGAUGUGAGUGGCAGAAAUUGGGAGCUGAGCUGCUGUAGGAUGUGCUCAUCCUGUUUUUCUGGGACACAAGAAGGCAAUGAAGGGAAAGCAGCAGAGGCAGUGCUGCUCUGCAGGAUGGGACAGGUGCUCAUUCUUUUUUCUUUGAUCACACACAGAGAAUCUGCUCAUUCAAGUUUGUGUGGAAGAGAAGGAUUUUGCCCUAAACAGUUACAUCAUUAACAUUUUCAACAAAACCAGUCUUGAUUGAAAGAUUUUGGUCAUGUCCCUAGUUAAUAUCAUAUUUGGGAAAAAAUUUAUAAGGUAAUUUUUCUUCCAAAACUUUUUGUUGAAUAUGUGAAAUGCUGCUCUUAAUGACCAUCUUUUGUAAGGAUGGGUGUAGUUUUUAAAUAGAAAUAACUAGUUUUCCUAUGCAUAGAGUAUUUAGUUUGGGUCAAUUUCCUUUCUCAGUUCUGUUUCUUUUCAUCUACAUGCUCUUUUCAGGGUGUUACAAGCACUUUCUAAUAUUAAAACUAAAAAAAAAAAAUUAUGUGAACUUGCAGAUCAAUAUAAUUUUGGUCAGAAAGUGGACUUUUUUCCCCUCUGCCCAUUGAACAGUAAAGUGUUUGGGACUAAUUGAACUCACUCAUUAGAAAACAGUGUCAGUUCUUUUGAUUGUGCUGGUUUUUAAUUAGUGUUUAGUAAUGUUAUACCAAGCAAAAAUUUUGCAGGCUGAAUUCUCUUCCCAUAUACAUCUGUUUCCAAUUUCUUCAGCUGAAGUUAUUAAAUGUUUACUGCCCAACUGCAUUUAUAAAAGUACAGCCUGAUAGCUGUAAGUGGCACCUCUUUCACCUUUCUGGACGUGCACAAUAGCCUCCAGCCCUGGUUUUCACUAUUGUUUUUAAGUUUGUGUGGUUGCUGGGCUGCAAGGACUCCUGCUGAGCUGUAGCAUUGUUUGUCUUUGUGCACCUGUAUUAUGCUGUUUGUUUUAAAGGACUGGGCAGGUAAGCAGUACUUAGAGACAUCCAGGCUGUUGUGCAACACUUGGGAAGGAAAAAACCACACCACCACCAACAACAAGCCCCCACAAACAAGCCCCACCAGAAGUAGAUACAAAGGAUUUUCAGUAACCUACUGAGACAUUCUCUUCUGGAAAGUAUCUUAGGUGUGGAAGGAAAAGCUGCUGAAGGAUUCUACUAAAGUUGUGUGCUGCUACUUCAAAAAGCUCUUAAAGCCCAUCAGGGUAGUUGGUUUGGAUACCCCACAGCCUUUGGAGGGAGGGGUUGGUGUUCUGAGAAGGCAGAGCACUCCCAACCCAUUCUGGUACUUCACACCAUUAUUUUUCCCCCUGCACCAUUUACUCCUCUGACUUCCAGAUCUUCAAAUAUAUAUAUAUAUAUAUAUAUGU